UGUAAUUGGUUACUUGAAAUAUUUUAAUUGACCUAUUAGUUUAUAUCAGUGCCCUCUGGUGGAUUUUAUUUUUCUUGUCCAACAAAAAAAGAUUGCAUAGUUGUUUGUAGUCAACGCUGCUUUUUCGGAUAGAGAUUGACUAGCAGUGUGUCCAGAAUAACUUCUGCAGAAUAGACACAACAUGGCAAUUAUACAAAUGCUAUACGUAUUGCCUAUGUUACUGGGAAGAACCUUUGACGCCAGAAAUGACAGAGUCGGCGUGGACUUGUUUCCAAAUGACGUCGUAAAAAAUCACGAGCGAAUAGAUAGGCCACAGUUUACUUCGAGUUUCAAGAUGGUCGAUAAUUCUAAAGAUGCCAAAGACUUUUUGGACGUGUCAGGAGAUUUAUCUUUGAAGAUAAAAACUGGAAAACUGGAAGUAAAAGGGACCGGAAAUUACUUGAAGGACACAACUUCAAUUGGGAAGAAUGUGGAGAUUCUGACAAAGCUGGACUACAGGACGUCCAUUUUCAGUAUUCCUUCCAAUGCCCAACCUCUGAAAGAUUGGCAGACACGCUACCGGAAGGAGGAUCUUGGAACUCAUUACGUGAAAAGCGUAACAUAUGGCGGGAGUUUAGUAGCUUCUCUGCAGUUUAUAGCCAAAGAUGAUAGCAACCUUGAAGAAAUCAAAGGAAAUAUAAAUGUGGCCAUCCAAGGUAACAGUGCCUUUGACCUGGUAGCUGAAGGGAAGCUAGAGAAAUUUCAGAAAGUUCAGUUCCAGGAAAAGAAUUACUGGAAGGAAGACGAUUCAAAGUUUUAUGCUCUUCAAACAAGCCCAGCCCCCCAGUGGCCGGCUUUAUCUCUCUAUGUCUGCAUUUGUUUGUUAACCGGACAAUACAAGGAUCAAUUAGAUUCAUUGGACCUUACCACCCGCUUUUAG